UGUCUUGGAUAAGCAGGACCCUGACCCCAGGCGUCAGCCUCAGGGCCUGCUGCAAAGGCAGGGUGUGUGCAGAGAAGAGGGGUUAACCGCCUAGCAGAGGAAUGGAUAACGUCCUCCAGGUUGACUCAGACCUCUUCCCAAACAUCUCCACCAACACCUCGGAGCCCAACCAGUUCGUGCAGCCGGCCUGGCAAAUUGUCCUUUGGGCAGCUGCCUAUACGGUCAUCGUGGUGACCUCCGUCGUGGGCAACGUGGUGGUGAUGUGGAUCAUCCUGGCCCACAAACGAAUGAGGACAGUGACGAACUAUUUCCUGGUGAACCUGGCUUUUGCAGAGGCAUCCAUGGCUGCGUUCAACACGGUGGUGAACUUCACCUAUGCUGUCCACAACGAAUGGUACUACGGCCUGUUCUACUGCAAGUUCCACAACUUCUUCCCCAUCGCCGCUGUCUUCGCCAGCAUCUAUUCCAUGACUGCUGUGGCCUUCGAUAGGUACAUGGCCAUCAUCCAUCCCCUCCAGCCCCGGUUGUCAGCCACGGCCACCAAGGUGGUCAUCUGUGUCAUCUGGGUCCUGGCUCUCCUGCUGGCCUUCCCCCAGGGCUACUAUUCGACCACGGAGACCAUGCCCAACAGAGUGGUGUGCAUGAUUGAAUGGCCAGAGCAUCCCAACAAGAUUUAUGAGAAAGUGUACCACAUCUGCGUAACUGUGCUGAUCUACUUCCUCCCCUUGCUGGUGAUUGGCUAUGCGUACACUGUUGUGGGAAUCACACUGUGGGCCAGCGAGAUCCCUGGGGACUCCUCUGACCGUUACCAUGAGCAGGUCUCUGCCAAGCGCAAGGUAGUCAAGAUGAUGAUCGUCGUGGUGUGCACCUUUGCCAUCUGCUGGCUGCCAUUCCACAUCUUCUUCCUCUUGCCCUACAUCAACCCUGAUCUCUACCUUGAGAAGUUUAUUCAGCAGGUCUACCUGGCCAUCAUGUGGCUGGCCAUGAGCUCCACCAUGUACAACCCUAUCAUCUACUGCUGCCUCAAUGACAGGUUCCGCCUGGGCUUCAAGCAUGCCUUCCGGUGCUGCCCCUUUAUCAGUGCCGGCGACUACGAGGGGCUCGAAAUGAAAUCCACCCGGUACCUCCAAACCCAGGGCAGCGUGUAUAAAGUCAGCCGCCUGGAGACCACCAUCUCCACGGUGGUGGGGGCCCACGAGGAGGAGCUGGAGGAUGGUCCCAAGACCACACCCUCGUCCCUGGAUCUGACCUCCAAUGGCUCCUCUCGCAGCAACUCCAAGACCAUGACAGAGAGCUUCAGCUUCUACUCCAACAUGCUCUCCUAGACCGCAGGUCUUCAGCAGGGGCAGCCACCACCAUUUUUGUCUUGCUUCACUUCAUGCAUGGAUAAUGCCUUGAUCUAGAAACCAUCAGAAAUUCCCUAACACUGGGGUUUGUGAAAAAGUUCAGAAUUUUUUAGGGAAAACAUCCAAUCCUGAGUUUAAAAAAAAAUCUGGAUUCUUCUAUGACUUUGAUAUCCCCCAUGCUGUGUGACCCAAGGCAAAUUGCUGAACUUCUCUGAGCUUGUAAAAUGGCAGGGUUGGACUUGAUUUCCCCUAAAUCUCUUCCAUGAUUCUAAAAUUAACUUUGGUUAUAUGUGGGGGCUCAUUUAGGGCUGAAUCCUGCAGCACCUGGAUUUGCCUGGAGCCUCCAUGAACUUCAGUGAAGUUGUCCAUAGUCGUGCUCACAUUAUUCUCCUUUAGCUGGUGGAGCACAUCACAUCAACCUUCAUUCAUCAGGGUAAACAAAAGAAGGAACCACAUAAAAUCCAAAGGAAAGGUUUAACUCUGUGUUCUAAGCAUCCAUGAAAAGGAAGCAUGGAUGCCUUCCUUUAGAGACCUCAAUAUUUUAGUGCAUCGACACCUCUUGAGAUUGAGAGCCUCAGGUCCAUGUGGAUUAUAUCCCCAGGGACUGUCCUGAACAACCAGUACGGCAAAAUAGGUCCAGUGAUGCCAGCUAAUGUCUGCUACAGACCAAGAGUCAGGAGGCCUGUGCCAUACUUUAUCUGAGCCUCUCUUUCCUUAUUUGUAAAAUAUGGGGCUGAGCUAGAUAACCUAAGUACUCCUUUUAACAUUCAGUAGUUCAAGGAUUGUAUGAGUUUUUUGUUAGUUUUAUCAAUUGGUAAUCUCAAAAAGAAUAAGAACAGCAAGUCUAGUGACUUAGUACCCUGUUUCUGGAGAGUAGCAACUGCUACAACGUGUCAAUAUCCAUAUCAAACAUGCUCAGAUUUAUCCUAAAACCACGAGUAUUUUCCUUCUUCUGGAACGUUUUGGUCUUUGACAGAGCAGAGGACUUCAUGUCAAAGUUUGCAUCUCUCCAUCAAGUGUUAGCAGGCCAAGUUCCACAGGUGGAGAUGCCAUCAAGGAAGAUAAACAUGUGGGCUCCCUGCUCUGGCCUUUUGGGGUAUCUUAGGGCAGGGGCACUAAUGCAGUCUUAGCUUUAUUCUAUUAUUCUAGCUUUAUUCUCAGAUGUCCAGUGAGCGAGGAGGCUGGACCCUGCAGCUCCACUUGUGGGAAGAGGCCACCUUAUAUCUUCCCUUCAGAUUCUCUGAAUCUCCCUUCCUGCCCCCACGGCUUAACUGGCCUCCUGUCUGAAAGGGGUGGGAAGACCCACCAACCCCACAGGACAGUCAGUCUACCAAGAGCCAUGAAUUUAAUCCUUCAUGUCUCAGCAAAGCUUUGAGGUUUCCAGCAGGUGAGCACACCAUUUCUUGAUGUCUCCCAGAUUUGUGCUUUGUCCAGAUGUGGCUGAAAGCAGAAGUCUCAUGUAACAUCCAUGAAUGUCUUCCUUGUGGUUUGAAGAACGGAUGCACAUGUGCUGCAUUUGUGGUGUUGACAGAGACCAAUGCUGCCCACAGGCUCUCUAGCCUUUACUAGCCAUGAGGGCUAUAACCCUACCAGGGCAUUAGCAGCCCUGAGAAAGUUGUAUAGCAACAGUAUACGCCAAAAUAACCCAAUAGCCACGUUCUGCAGAGCAGCAUGGGAAGGAUUAAAUAAAUUAAAUAAA